AUGGAUGAAUUUAAUACAACAAAUGUGAUUGGUACUGCUUAUAAACAAAUAGAUGAAACUAUUUAUUAUGUAAGAAAUUAAUAUCCAACCAUUAGCGAAGUUUUGGCAAAUAUGUUCAAUAAUAUAUUAUUAAUUAAAUAUUUAUUUUUUACUUUGAAUAAAAAAUAAUCUAAUUUCUAAAUUAAAAACACUGUAAUAUAAAAAUUAUUAUCUAUAAUUGAAAGAUUUUAUAGAUUAAUUAAAAAAGGUUUUGGUAUUAGAUGA